AUGGUCAUUCGGACAGCAGCAAAAGUGGAUUUGAACAAGCCACCGGAAGAGCAGACUUGUUUGCAUAAUCGAUGGCAUCCAGAUAUCCCCUUUAUCUCACGCAUUGCCCCCAACGAAGUCGUCAAGAUCGAAUGUCUCGACUGGACAGGCGGCCAGAUCAAGAACAACGACAGCGCCGAGGACAUUCGCAACGUGGACUUGACCAAGAUCCACUACCUCACUGGCCCAUUUGAAAUCGGGACGGCCGAGCCGGGUGAUAUUCUCGUCGUUGAGAUUCAAGACGUACAGCCAUUCGACGAGCAGCCGUGGGGCUUCACCGGCGUAUUUGAUCGUCAUAAUGGCGGCGGCUUUCUCGAUGAGAUUUAUCCUCAUCCAGCCAAGGCAAUCUGGGACUUCGAAGGCAUAUUCGCGUCCUCGCGACACAUUCCGCACGUUCGCUUUCCGGGACUUAUCCACCCUGGGAUCCUGGGCUGUGCUCCCUCGGCCGAGAUCCUCGCCGAAUGGAACCGGCGCGAGGGCGAAGUCGUCCAGUCCAAGGUCCACGAACUGAACAGAGACGUGGCCCAGCUGCCGCAGCCACAAAAUGUUCAUGCAGGACAGGCUAACAUCUCGCAUCCGGAUCUCAAGGCCAAAGUCGGCCGUGAGGGCGCCCGCACGAUCCCAGGCCGCCCUGAAAAUGGCGGAAACUGCGACAUUAAGAAUCUCUCGCGAGGAAGUAAAGUGUUUUUGCCCGUGCAUGUGCCCGGUGCGGGGUUUAGUGUAGGGGACUUGCAUUUUUCUGAAGGCGACGGCGAGAUCUCCUUUUGCGGCGCCAUCGAAAUGGCAGGCAUCAUUACACUCAAAAUGAGCGUGAUGAAGAACGGCAUGGCGGACCUAGGCCUCAAAUCGCCCAUCUAUAUACCCGGUCCUGUCGAGCCGCAUUACGGACCGGGCCGGUAUUUGACAUUCGAAGGCUUCAGCGUCGACGAGCACGGCAAGCAGCAUUACAUGGAUGCGACGGUUGCGUAUCGCCAGACGGUCUUGCAGUGUAUACAGUAUUUGAAGCGGUUUGGCUACGACGAUUACCAAAUCUACUUGUUACUCUCGUGUGCGCCGAUACAGGGACAUAUCGCCGGCAUCGUGGAUAUCCCUAAUGCAUGCACGACACUCGGCCUGCCAAUGGAUAUUUUCGACUUUGACAUUUCGCCUACGGGACCAGCGACGAAGAUGGACAUGGGGGCUUGUGCAAAGUAGGGGUAUAGCUACUUUUCUUUGUACGUCACCAGGUGAAGAUAAUUUGACAGAGGACCGGAGAAUAGUGUUUCCAUUUUUCUUAAAAAAAGAAAAAAAGAAAAAGAAAGAAGAAAAUGAAACAAUAUAUAAAACUACAAGAUACCUACUACGGUACUACCUACCUACCAUAUUUGCGCAACUGCUUCCACUCAUAGUACCGUUGUCGAACAUUGUCUCCAAAAAAGGCAAGAACAAGGGACAAGACAAGAGUGACAAAAGUCAGCGGAAGAGCAAUCUCCCAAAAAAGACC